GCGAGGGCAGUAGGGGAGAGGGCGGGCUUCGGGGUGUGAUCAGGAGAGGGGUGCUGAUUGGCAGGGAUCAGGCCUGGGGCAGCGGCCAGGGACCGCAGGCGGGGCCAGGGCUGCAGCCGCUCCCGGGACUAGACCGUGCGGGCGGCUCAGUGAUGCCAGAGGGCCAGGGCGCGCCCGCCUCUCCCCCGGCGGCUCCGAGCGCCCCGGACAGGGGGUGGUCGGGGCCCGCGGUCGGCCCGGCGCCCCGGCGCUCAGCUCUGGCGCCCUCCGAGUCCCCCGUGUCGCCGGCCCCUCGGCGGGGCGCCGUCUGCGCCGGCGUCCCCCAGAAGCUGGCCGAGGCGCUGAGCAGCCAGUACGGGCUGAACGUGUUCGUGGCGGGGCUGCUGCUCCUCCUGGCCUGGGCCGUGCACGCCUCGGGCGUGGGCAAGAGCGGCCUGCUCUGCUUCCUCACCGCGCUCAUGCUGCUGCAGCUGCUCUGGAUGCUGUGGUACGUGGGCCGCGGCGCCGCGCGCCGCCGCCUCCCCCGCCUCAAGGACACGCACGCAGGCGCGCGCUGGCUCCGCGGGAGUAUCACGUUGUUUGCAGUCAUUACCAUCAUUCUGGGAUGCCUUAAAAUUGGGUACUUCGUUGGAUUUUCAGAAUGUUUAUCAGCCACUGAAGGAGUUUUUCCUGUUACACAUGCGGUACAUACUUUAUUGCAGGUCUGUUUUCUUUGGGGGCAUGCAAAGGAUAUCAUCCAGUCUUUCAAAACACUGGAAAGGUUUGGGGUGAUCCACUCAGUGUUCACCAACCUGCUUCUGUGGGCCAACAGUGUCCUGAACGAGUCAAAGCACCAACUUAACGAGCACAAGGAACGGCUCAUCACCCUGGGCUUUGGGAACGUAACCGCAGUGUUAGAUGACCACACACCUCCGUGUAAUUGCACCCCCCCGACUCUCUGCUCUGCCAUCUCACACGGGAUCUACUACCUCUACCCUUUCAACAUAGAGUAUCAGAUCCUGGCUUCCACGAUGCUCUACGUCCUGUGGAAAAACAUUGGACGCAAAGUUGACAGCCAUCAGCAUCGGAAGAUGCAGUUCAAGUUUCACGGGGUCGUGGUGGGCUCAGUCCUGGGCCUGGCUGUGCUGGCUGCCACCAUUGGGGUCGUGGUGGUAUAUCUGAUUCAGAUAGGGCGCUCCAAACCCAAGAGCGAGUUGGCACUCACCAUGUUCUACCUGUAUGCCAUCACCUUGCUGACGUUCAUGGGGGCUGCAGGGCUGGUUGGAAUCCGGAUUUACAGGAUAGAUGAGAAAUCAUUGGAUGAGUCCAAAAAUCCCGCCCGCAAGCUGGAUGCGGACCUCUUGGUGGGCACUGCCUCUGGCUCCUGGCUCAUCUCCUGGGGCUCCAUCCUGGCCAUCCUCUGUGCCGAAGCCUGUCCCCCCUACACCUGGUACAACCUGCCCUACUCCAUCCUGGUGAUUGUGGAGAAAUACAUCCAGAAUCUCUUCAUCAUCGAGUCUACUCACCGAGAGCCGGAGAGGCUCUCCGAGGACGUCAGAGCCCUGCGUGUGGUCACAGUCUGCAAUGGUAAUGCCACAUCCCUCACUUCUUCCUGCCUCAAGAGCGGAGCUGUGGCCAGGGAUGUGGCCCUCCAGGGCAGUGAGAUGCCCCCUGCAGCCAAUGGCAAUAUGCCUCUGAGAGAAGGCUGUGGCAAAGAGGGCGAGGAGAGGAUCAGGGAAGGAGUCCGGGGCCUGGCCCGCUGCCCCCAUUUCUUGCAAGGCAAUGCCAAGAGACGAGUCCUGAGGAAUAUUGCAGCCUUUUUGUUCCUCUGCAACAUUUCGCUCUGGAUCCCUCCCGCCUUCGGCUGCCGCCCCGAGUACGACAACGGACUGGAGGAAAUUGUCUUUGGCUUUGAGCCCUGGAUAAUUGUGGUCAACCUGGCCAUGCCCUUUUCUAUUUUCUACCGGAUGCACGCAGCUGCGUCCCUCUUUGAGGUCUAUGGUACGAUAUAGUCUGGUCCGCAUGAAAGACCGGGCAGCGAGCGAGCAAGAGGAUUCACUGCAGCCACCUGGGAAUGGCCGGCUUGGGCAAAUACUGCCUUAUAAAUGCGAGAGAGGCCGCCUUUGUCCGUGGUCACUGUGGUUGUCACUGUGAGCGGCAAGUGUCCAUCUCCCCGGAUGAAUGUAAACAAGUUAGAUCGAACUCGGUGAGGCUGCUGAAAUCUGUGCUUGGUUUGCUAAUUCUGAGCAAACCCUGAUCAUUUCAUCUCCUUCUGUUUUAGAAGAAUGUGAUCCCAGGUUGGAAAACAAAAUCCUGUUCAGGUUGUUUUUCAUAAAAAUCGGUUUCUGUUACCGUGUUUCUAUGUACUACUUUUUCUGACCACAUGUAGUGUAAUUACCCUUAAAAUUUAUCCUCCCCAGAGCUGGGAAAUGUAGAUACAAUAUCGCAUUAAUUGUAUGUUGUACUUUCUGAAUAUGUUUAAUUUUUUGAACAAAGUUAUUUUUAGCGUCUGGAUGGAAAUCUGUAUACAGAGCAGUAGGAAGACAUAUUUCUUACCUGAAAUUUUGGCAUGUUUGUUUCUGAUGAUUUUGAAGUGUUUUUAAAAAAUAAAUUUUACUGUUCUCUCUGUGACUACACACCCAUACACGUUGAUUGUAGAGAAUUUGGACAUUUCAAAAGAGUACAGAGAAAAAAAAUCACCCAGGAUGCUAUUGUUCAAUUGACAACCACUUUUAACAUCUUUUGGUGUAUUAUUUUAGUCAUGUGUAUGCACAGGAUUCUUUUUAUUCUUGCCAGUAAUGAUGCCAUAUAUUCAACUUUGUAGCCAUUCUCUUUAACAGUAUGGUAUAAACCUUUCCCCUAUACUGUUAUAAACUCCUUGUAAAUAUUUUAGUACUGUUUUAUAGUCUAUCAAGUGAAUGUACCAUAAUUAACUUGGUUUCCUAUUGCUGGUUUUAGAGUAUUUAAGCUUUUUGUUUUCAUAAAUUACUCUGCAAAAAUCAACUAUAUUUGUAAAGCAUUUCCUAUAUUUAGCAUUGUUUCUUUAAGAUACAUACUUAAAAUCAGGAUGCCCCUUCCAAAGGUUGUACGUGUUUUAAAGCUCUUAGGAAUAUUGACAUUUGGGAGGACUUUGUAUGUGCUUUUCCAAAAUUAUUUUA